AUGACACACUUAUUUUUUUUUGAUGCUGAUAUUGAGCAGGUGAAAAAUUUGAGGCUUAUUCUGCUGUCUUUUGAGAUGCUCACGGGUUUGAAGAUUAACUUUGCCAAAAGUCAGAUUUUUGGAGUUGGUUUUGAUGGGGAUUUGAAUCUUUUUUCUUCUCUGCUUGGAUGCUAUAAUGUUAUUCUCCCUACAACUUAUCUUGGUUUGCCUUUGAGAGACAAAUGUGGUGGUGUUGCUAAAUGGGACAAGGUGGUGGAUAAAUUCAUUGCUAGACUUCCUGGUUGGCAAAAGUCUCUUCUCUCAAGAGCUCGUAAGAUCACUUUAAUUAACAGUGUACUUGUCUGUCUUCCUGUUUAUUGCAUGUCCCUCUUUGAGAUGCCAAUCUCAGUUGCAAGGAAUCUUGAAAAGAUAAUGAGGAAUUUUUUAUGGAAUGAUAAUAAAGGAAGGAAGAAGAUUCAUCCUGUUAAGUGGGAGGUGUUUAAUCAUGCUUUGCUUGCUAAGUGGUCUUGGAGAUAUGCUACUGAAGAUGAUGUCCUUUGGAGGAAGAUUAUUGAGGAAAAAUAUGGGACAAGUAAUCCUUUUUGGUGCCCUAAGAUUCCUAAUUGCACCUUUGGCAGAUCUAAGCAAAAUUCUGUGGCUGAUAUGGGUGUUAGAACUGGUAAUACCGUUUCUUGGAAUUUUCAGCUUCCUAGAAGAAUUAAUGCUGCUGCACAAAUUGAAUUGGAUCUUCUGCUAGCUGAUUUACAAUCUUUCAAGUUUAAUAUGUCCCUUAAAGAUGAGCUCUACUGA